AUGAGCCUUUCAGACGUGGCAUCAUUGAAUGACACUUCUCAUCCUAUAGCCGUGGCUGUGAUACCAAAGAAUGGAAACGUUCUUCCCCGACGACUCACCGCUCAGGUUCUGGCUGUGCAACGCUUCAGUGGCUCAGAUAGCAUGCACGGUCACUUGGCCACCGGUUAUUGCGGUGACGGGACAUGCGCCAUGCGUCCGGGCCUGGGCUCCUACGUCGCGGGACGAACCCGAAUUCAAGCCUGUGCAGCAGCUACUGGAGGUGGACGGGGAACGCUUCGUGGCGGUGGCCGUCAAGGGAGACCUGCUGGUGGCUGCUGACGCCAGCCCCAGCGGCCGCGUCAGCAUCUGGGACACGACCACCUGGCAACGGCUGCAGACCGUCACGGCCGAUGCGCCGGUGACCGCCCUGGACGCCUCGCGCACCUACAUCGCCGCCGGCACCUCUGCCGGCUAUGUGCGGGUGUGGCGGCGGCAGUCGGCUGUGGACCCCACCUUCACCCAGUACUUCCAGCCGGAUGUGCAGCUGGACUCGCUGCCCAUCUACACGGUGCGACUGGGGCCGCUGCGGCAGCCGGGGGCGGCCGGCGCGGGCGCGGAGGGCGGCGCCGGCACUGCCGCGGGCGACAGCGUCAUGGUGGUGCACACACGUGGCAACGGCCGCGUGAGCGCCUGGCGCCUGAGUGACGCCAAGAUCAUCGGCACGCUGGGCCGCCCGCCGCCUGCCCCAGGCUCGCCCGCCGAGGCCGAGGCGCUGCUGUCCGCCAACGUGGUGUGCUGUGUGCUCGGCCGCGACGGCACCCUGCUCACAGCCUCCUGGGUGCAGGGCCGCCAGCCGCUGCUGCAAUGGGUCAACCCGCUGGCCCGCAGCGGCAGUGAGGUGCCCGGCGUGUCUCAGCACCUGGCGGGGCUGACCAGCCGCCCGAUGUGCUGCGACACGGACGGCAACGCCAUCGCCCUCGGCUUCGAGGACGGCACGGUGUGGGUGUGGGGCGCACUGCACAGCUAUCAGCCACCGCCGCCCUCCUCCUCCUCGGCGCCCUCGGCCCCGGAGACCUCCCACUGGCGCGGCUACCACCGCGGUGCCGUGGGCGCGGUGGCCUGCCUGCCGCACCGGCCGGGCGGCCAGCUGGCCAGCGCGGGCGCGGACGGCUGCGUGAAGCUGUGGGCCAUAGGCGGAGGGCAGCUGCUGGCGGUGGCGCGCCUGGGCUGGCAGGUGACGUGUCUGGCCGUGAACGAGUUGGCGCUGGUGGCGGGCGGUGCUGAGGGCCAGGUGCAGGUGCUGGUGCUGGUCAGCGAGGAGCAGGCCGCCGCGGCGGCGGGGCACAGCUCGAGGCCCACCGAGCAGGAGCGGGCCGAGGCGGCCACGGCGCCGUCGUCGUCGUCGGCGGCGGCGGCAGGUCCCGCUGUUGUGCGGUAUAGCUACUGGUUUGAUGCGCGCUCGCCCAAGCAGGCGGCGGCGGGGGCGUCAGGGGGGUCCGGGGCCGGCAGCAGCGGGGGCGCGGGCGUGUGCGGACUGGCGGACGAGUAUCCGGACGCGUUUGCGGCGUUCGUGCCGCCGCGGAAGCAGCUCACGGCGGCGGACCUGCAGCAGCAGCAGCAGCAGCAGGGCAGUUGCAGCCGCAAUGGCGGCGGCGACGGCGACCGUGGGGCUGUGAUGAAUGGCGAUGGAGGCGGCGGCGGAGCGAGCGCGAGCGCGGCGGAGGUGGAGGCGGCGGAGGGGGCGGGCGAGGGCAAGGCGUCCUCCUUCAACAUGAAGGCGGCGAUCAAGGGCGCACAGCCCAGUGCGGCCGACCAGGCCGCGGCCGCCGAGGCGGAGGAGGCUGCCAAGCGCGCACAGCUACGGGCCAUGGGCGAGGCACCGGGCGUGGCACGCAGCCGCGGCGCCGUGCAGCUCGACAGCGCUACCGCAGCCUUGGGCCGCAAGUGCUCCAACCCCUCCUGCCUACAGCGGGAGGGCGUGGCGGAGCUGCGGGCGGCAGGGCGCGGCGGCGGCGGCGGCGGGGCUGCGGGCGGCGGCGCGGCGUUCAAGCGGUGUGGCGCGUGCAAGAGCGUGGUGUAUUGCAGCGCGCACUGCCAGAGCACGCACUGGCGCGACGGGCACAAGAAGGAGUGUGCGGUGCUGGCGGCGGCGUGGAAGCAGCAGCAGGAGGAGGAGGCCGCGGCGGUGGCGGCGGCGCUUGCGGACGGGGACAGGGGCGGGGAGGAUACGGACUCGGCAGCAGCGACACCGUCGCCGGAGGCGGCGGCGACAGUGCCAAUUUCGGACAGCUUCCUAACAGAGCUGGACUGAUGUGGGGCGGGAUCUGUUGUGGGGAGCACUGUGUAUCUGAGUGCGUUUUGGACUGGGGGUGGGAAGGGGCUGCAUGGAUGCCACGAGGAUGCUUGCUGAGCGACGAGCGAAAUGGUAUAAAUGAUGGAUUUGAGUGAGCGAAUGGGACCUGUAGU